UUUUUGAGCAAGCGAUGAUGUCAAGUCGCCUGCGGUGCAGCGUCCGCAUCGCAAAGGCAUUCGCUGGGUGUAUCACUUGCAGCGCGUCAUCUUCACCACGUCCCGUAUUGCUGCGGCCGUGACGCCACGUGUGAAACCACCGCUAUCUGAGCAAAAAGCAAAAAUAUCAUGCCGCCUAGAAAGCGGCUUUUGCUGAGCGCCUACUGCGAGUCAGUGGCAAAGAAGGUCGCCAAAGGAGAGCAAGUGCCCGCGCCCGAGCUCGCCAACGCCCUGAAGGAGGCGCAGGAGCAUCUAGCCUCAACGCUCCACUUGCGAGACACAAACGAGUGGCGCAUGUGCCUGGCCCUCCUCGCGGCGGCGACGGAGACCGCCACGCCGCCACCGCCGCCGCCGCUGUGCCGCCUGGUCACGGACUCGGGCGACGAGACGGCGAGCGACGGCGACGCGGCGCCGCACGCGCCGCCGCCGCCCCCGCGACCGCGCCUCGAGGUCCUCCACGCCGCCUCCUCAAACGCCGUCGCCGAUCAGGCCGGCGCGAUCCUCAAGGGCGCCUUCGGCGAGCACUACGGUGAUGAAUUAGACGGCGUCCUGAACGGCGACGCCUGCGCGAACCAGGAGAACGACCGCACGUUCGUCGUGGCGUGGCGCGCGGGCGGCGUCGUACAUGCGGCGGGCGUCGUCGCGGAGCGGCGCGUGUUUCAAGGCAAGGCGGCGCCGCGGAAAGUGGUAUGGGAGGUGCUAUGGUUGUGUGCGCCGUCUACUCAGCGUGGUAGAGGCCACGGGUCGCGCGCCUGGGCGGCGCUCGCGAGUUUAGCUGCGGCGCGGCGCGUGGAGGGCGUGCUCGUGCCGUCGACGGACGCGGCGCUGCUGUUCUGGCUGGGCUGCGCCUCCGACAAGUGUCCGCUCAGCGCUACCGUGUUGCGGGAGGAUUCAACCGAUGGCUGGCUUGCGCGGUCGACGCAGUUCCAGAAGCGGGGCACGGUCGACCGCGUCCGAAGGGCGUUCGAUGGUCUCGAGGCCCGGGCCCGGCCGGGCAAGGGCCUGGCGGGGCUCUACGAGGCGACCGCGGUGCAAGCGCCGUCGUCAACUGGCGGGCGCCUGCGGCGGCGGCGGUCGAAGCCCUCGCUCGUGGCCGCGGCCGCGGCCUUCGAGGGCCGGCCGUUCCGGUGGGACCCGUCGGAAGCGACGCACGUGUGGUUCUUUCCGGGCGUCGCGGCGCCGCCCGUGCGGGUCGUGACCUCGGUAGUUGUCAGGGACGCGCGGCCUCGCGCGGCCUCCUUCAUCCGCGAGGACGACGACAGUCGGCGGCCCCGCGCCUCGUCGGCGUGCGGCGUGCGGGGCUUCGAAGCGGAGGGCGGCUAGGGGAUUGUAAAUAGUGCUACUGUGAUCAUCAUGAGAGUGAAUACUGUUAAUUUAAUCGCCACGGGCCG